AUGGAUAUUUUAAAUUUUGUACGGUCUGGUGACGAACCGUAUAUGCAGUUUGAUAGACUAAAGCUACGAAACUAUUUUCCACACGAGGUCGAGAAGCUCAGCGUCUUGCGAGUACGACAGACACGAGCCUUUGACGAGGUAGGUCAUCCAAUCAGAGGCGGUCUGUAUGAUCCAGCUUUCGGUCCUUUAGAAGCACGAGAUCGUUGUGAAACGUGUAAUCAGUAUGAGGUUCAUUGCCCCGGUUCCUGUGUGCAGUGUCAUCGUUUUACAUGUGGAACCGAUGGAAUUGCCACGAAGAUCCUACUGGCCCAAUUAAGGUGUUUCGAAAUAGGUGUGCCUCAUCUUUCUCUCGAAAUCGAGACACAGUUCAAGGACGCACUAAGAAUAUCCGACCAAAGUAAAUCCAUCUUGCUAAAAUCGGCUCUUAUUUCUACAGUGGUGAUCGUGCAAUUUUCUUGUGGAUUUGCAGUUGUAAUAAGCAAAGAGGAAGAAAUGCAGAUGCUUGCUGAAUUAGACAAGCUGAUUUCUGAUAGCACUGGUCGGCCACUAAGCUCUUUUCACCCAGAUUUCUCAUCUAAAAAUUCUGUGGAUUUGCGGAAAACUAUUAUUAGGAACUACCUCAGAGAUCACUUAUUUAAACGAAAAGCCCGUUGUCCACUCUGCAAAGGUUUUAAUGGACAAUUACGAAAUGAUGGUUCCCGUUGCGUGCUUAUUGACUUCACAGUUCAUGGAAGGAAAAUGAAAAAGUUAGACACUUAUAAAAGUGGUUUCGAAGGGCAGGAUUUGGAGGAUGCCGUUCAAUCAGAUGAUGAAGAAGAUAAGAUGGGAGAUAAGGUGGAUAAUGUUGGAUAUGGUAGUAGUAUUGAAAUGGUAGAGGGAGCUCUUGAUGUGCAGAUGAAAGCUGUUCGAAACGGUGCGUGUGAGAAAGCUAGUGGCUUAUGUCCCCUUGAUGGAUUGUUCUGUGAAUUGAUUGUCGUUCCACCUACGAAAUUUCGGCCAAUUCGACUUUUUAAAGGUGAAAAGUAUGAAAAUCCACAAUCUGUGAAUCUAAGACGGGUGCUUGAGGCUACGGAAACAAUAAAGGUAUCCUUUAAUGGCAUUCAUUUACUCCGUGGUUAUGAAUAUUUAACUCUCCUCUUUAAUGCUGUCUCGCUCGAGCUGGACAAACAUGAUCAGAAUAGGAUACCUGGUAUCAAACAAAUCUUGGAGAAAAAACAGGGUCUUUUUCGCAUGAACAUGAUGGGAAAGCGGGUCAACUUUGCGUGCAGGUCUGUAAUCACUCCGGAUCCAUACCUCGACGUCGAUGAAAUUGGUGUACCAGAAGUCUUUGCGAAAAAGCUUACGUUUACGGAGCCUGUAAAUCUAUUCAAUAAAGAGCGGUUACGAAAGUUUGUUCGAAAUGGACCCGACGUUCAUCCAGGUACGAACAGGAAACAAAUGUUGCCGGGGAACUCUUGUACUGAUGACGGUAAACGAAGACGAACAGCUGUAGCUAGAAGUUUGGAGCCAGCAAAUACAGACAAGCUUCGACAACCGAUGAAGGCAUACAAUGCGGAUUUUGAUGGAGACGAGAUGAAUGGACACCUUACUCAAAGUCACAUCGCUCAGUGUGAAGUUGCGGAACUAGCUAAUGUUGGGAACAAUUUUCUCGUCCCGCGAGAUGCAACUCCAUUGUUGGGCCUGAUUCAAGAUCAUGUCGUAUCGGGAGUUUUGUUGACAAUAAGGGGCCGUUUUUUGUCAAAGGAAGACUUUAUGCACCUUGUUUUAUCUGCUUUUGCGGAGCAAAGUACACGUAUUAACAUUCCGCAACCUGCAAUGAUAAAACCGUUGAUGAUGUGGAGUGGGAAGCAGGUGAUUUCUUGCAUCAUCAAAAAUUGCGUGCCUCGUGAUAAGCCUCUCAUCAAUCUCGUAUCGAAAUCGAAAACACCUCUAUCGUGUUGGAAGGUACGAGGGUUCAACACUCCACCGUAUAAUAUGAGCGAGUCAGAGGUUGUCUUUAGGCAAGGUGAACUUUUGGUGGGUGUAUUGGACAAGCAACACUAUGGUGCUACCCAGUAUGGCUUGAUUCACAGCUGUUUUGAACUAUAUGGGCAUAAAGUUGGAGUGCAAAUUCUGUCUUGUUUAUCGCUCGUUUUGAGUUUUCUCAUUUCCACUUUUAUUCCCUAUUCCUCUAGCCGAUCUUUAAAGGUAGUUCGCAGUGCAUUCGGUCUUGACGACAGUAUUUCUCAAACGGAAAUAAAACGAGUCCUCGCAUCCGCUUACUGUAGUCCGCAAGGCGAGGGGCAAGAUGUCAAAAUGCUUGACUAUUCCAUGAAACAAGCUAUGUCGAAAUAUAAUGAUGUUAUAACAAAAGCUUGUGUCCCAGAUGGCCUAAUUAGACAAUUUCCUGAUAACGCACUGCAGCUCAUGAUCUUGUCUGGUGCGAAGGGAUCAGCUGUGAAUGCCAUGCAGGGUCUUAUAGACACGGCCGUCAAAACAUCUCGUUCUGGUUAUUUGCAACGAUGUCUGGUAAAGCAUCUAGAAGGUCUAAAAAUUCACUACGAUGGAACCGUGAGAGACCAUGAUGGUUCGAUAGUGCAAUUCCGUUAUGGUGAAGAUGGACUGGACGUGACGAAGUCCACAUACAUAAGUCCGAAGACGUUUCCGUUUCUUAAGGGCAAUUUAGAUGCUGUUAUGCAGUGUUGUAAGCCAAGGGAAAUCACGGAUUGUAUGCUUAAUGUUGAAGCUGCCGAAAAACAGUACCGCAAGAUAAAAAAAUGGCGAAAGAGAACUCUUGUUUUCAAUGGUCAUCCUAACAAGAAGCACUACGUAUCUGGUUUCACAGAGUUUUCCGCAGAUCAUAAAGGCGUAGCCAAGGAUCGGAUAGUUGCAUUGUGGGCAGAAAUGGAUGUGAUAGAGAGGUUGAAGUACGAGAAGAGAGCACAAAGCAAAUGUCCUUGUGCUGUAAAUGAAAAGUUUAAUGUUAAUAAUACUCUUGGAGCCCUUCCUGAAAAAACACUUGACUCUAUUUACGAGUUUACUGGUAGAAAUGACAAGUUGCGACGUUCAUUUUUUUGGAAAGGAAUGCGUUCCUUAGUUGAACCUGGGGAAAAUGUUGGUCUUCUCGCUGCACAGUCAAUUGGUGAACCAUCUACCCAGAUGACGCUGAACACCUUCCAUUUCGCUGGUAGAGGAGAAAUGAACAUUCCAAUUCUUCCUGGAAUGCCACAGGAGAGAAUCAAUAUGAUACGAAGAGAAUUGGACAAGGUGUUUCUGAACCAAGUAUUGCGUAAAUUUUCUAUCGAAGAAAAAGUGAAUCUGGUAGAGAGCGGUUGUUGGCGGCGUUACUAUUUGCGAAUUGAGAUUCUCUCUGCUAGGAAACGACAAGAGAAUGCAAGAUAUCUCAGUAGAAGAACGAUCAUGAAUGAGAUGGAGCAGCGAUUUUUGCGUGCGUUAGCUAAUGCUAUUGCCAAGAAGUAUCGUGAUGUGUUGGAGUACCAGCAAAUGCAACAUCGGAAGUUAAGAUCUGGUAAUCAGAAUGCCGGUUUAGGAGUAAAUGAAGUUGCCGCAGGGAUACGGGAUGACGCGGCGGAAUACGAAGGUGAAGAGGAAGAUCGUGUUCAUGUCGAAAAUGAUGACGACGAGAGACAGAAUGACGCUGAAGAAACGGAAGAAGAGCAGAAUAAUAACGAAGCGGGAUCCGGAGAUGAGGAAAGAGAACCAGCUGAAAGAAAAAUAACGAAUGUGGAUGAACGUAUAAAAUUUGUGAUCUCUCAGUCAAAUCUAAUUGUUGACUACAAGUUCGAUGUAAGUUCUGAACGAUGGUGUGAAGUUGUGUUUCAGUUGCCACUGGGUAACAAGAGUAAAUUAGACUUGGUGACGAUAGUUGAAAAGGAAGUCGAUAAGUUUGUCGUUCAUCAAACACCCGGUAUAGAACGGUGCAUAGAAAUCGAAGAGGUGCUGCACGACAUCCCGACAAAGUACUUACAGACGCAGGGGAUCAAUCUUGAGGCAUUCUUUCGACAUGCAGACGUGCUUGACGUGAACGCAAUUCAAACAAACGAUUUGAAUCUGGUUCUCAGACACUACGGAGUGGAAGCUUGUUCAAAAGCGAUAAUCCAGGUUCGUUCUCAUCUUCUCGUCGUUGUUUCCUUUACCACCAUUCCUGAACUAUCUAAAAUCGGUUCCGUUUUGUAUUUCUUAGGACUUGGUCUAUUUUUUCAAUUGCACGAAUUCCAGUUAUUUGCUUUUUAA